CCUGGUCGCGCCCCGGCUCGGCCCCGGACAGCCCGACACCUGUGCAAAAAAGAGGAGGCCGAGUCGUGAAAAGAGAAUCCUGAAGAAUAGGAUCUCAAGAUGAGUAAAAAGCCCCCAAAUCGUCCUGGAAUCACUUUUGAGAUCGGUGCUCGUUUGGAGGCACUGGACUACUUACAAAAAUGGUAUCCCUCACGAAUUGAAAAAAUUGACUAUGAAGAGGGCAAGAUGUUGGUCCAUUUUGAGCGCUGGAGUCAUCGUUAUGAUGAGUGGAUUUACUGGGAUAGCAAUAGGUUGCGCCCCCUUGAGAGACCUGCAUUAAGAAAAGAAGGGCUAAAAGAUGAGGAAGAUUUCUUUGAUUUUAAAGCCGGAGAAGAAGUUCUGGCUCGUUGGACAGACUGUCGCUAUUACCCUGCCAAGAUUGAGGCGAUUAACAAAGAAGGAACGUUCACAGUUCAAUUUUAUGAUGGAGUAAUUCGUUGUUUAAAACGAAUGCACAUUAAAGCCAUGCCCGAGGAUGCUAAGGGGCAGGUGAAAGCCCAGCAUCCACUAAGCUGGUGUUGUCCUAGCGACCCAGCUGGAUCGUGUAACCAGUCUAUGGGAAGUGAGGAUUGGAUAGCUUUAGUCAAAGCAGCUGCUGCAGCUGCAGCCAAGAAUAAAACAGGGAACAAACCUCGAACCAGCGCUAACAGCAAUAAAGAUAAAGAGAAAGAUGAGAGAAAAUGGUUUAAAGUACCUUCAAAAAAGGAAGAAACUUCAACUUCUAUAACCACACCAGAAGUUGAGAAGAAGGAAGAUCUGCCUACAUCUAGUGAAACUUUUGUAGGACUUCAUGUAGAGAACGUUCCAAAGAUGGUCUUUCCACAGCCAGAGAGCACAUUAACAAACAAGAGGAAAAAUAAUCAAGGCAACUCAUUUCAGGCAAAGAGAGCUCGGCUUAACAAGAUUACUGGUUUGUUGGCAUCCAAAGCUGUUGGGGUGGAUGGUGCUGAAAAAAAGGAAGACUACAAUGAAACGGCUCCAAUGCUGGAGCAGGUAUGAAAUGGUAGCAUUUGAUUGUUUUCAAGGUUCCCCGCUGGAAUUAUCACGGAGCUAUAGUAUCCACAUAACUGAAAUCACCCUUUUGAUCAGAUAUGGGGAUAGGAAAAUAAUGGGUGAUACAUUUUUAACUCUGCCUUCUCCAAGGUAUGCAGAUAAACUACAGAUUUAAUUAGUGUUUAUUUUCAGUAGGCUGGCGUUAAAGCCUUUGUCUCUCAGUGGUGGAAAACCAGGAGACGGGCCUCCCAGCUGGAUACAGGCUUCCAGCUGGAUCACCUUUGACUAGCUUACUAAAAGACCCUUACACAAAUACUUUUCAUUUGUGAGUUAAAACAGGGUUUUUUGACAUCUUAUAAAGCUUCUUUUGUAAGAAGUUUCUUUUAUAUUGUAACAAUUGGUGUUGUUAGACUGACUAUGUGUUUUAUGAAUUGAUCAAUGAGCCAUACAUUUUUGCUAGGAUGUAUAUUUUAAUAACUAC